CUACUUUGGGGUCGAGUGCGCGCGGCCGCAGGCUGCAGGCGGCAAUGUUCACAGCGCCGGUAUUAUCGGAAUUGGACUGCACUGUGAACCGGAAGUUCUUUCAUUUUAGCUGAAGAACGAAAAUUGUCUUCUUAUUUUCCCCAUGAUGUCUGUUUGAGGACUAAAACCGUUAGCUAAACGGACUAUUAUUCUUGGAAUGGAGGACGCCGUGCCGCAAACCGAUAGCCUGGAAACAUCUGUGUUGAGCAUCCGUCUUGUAUUUCACCAAAACUAUUCAACGGAAACGUGUUUUAUGUCCACAAAUAAGCUUUGCUUUGCUAGUAGACAGUAGAAAGCUAACUUCGCGUUAGCUGCCUGCCGAACUGUGAUAUUGUCGAACUUAAGUCAGGAACAUCCAGUAACACAGGAGGUAAUGUAAAGUUCUUAAAAGCUCAUCAGUUGGAGCAGACGAAGACAGCCGGAGCUGAAGGGAUUCAAACAUCCCUCUUCACCAUCGGGUCCUGAGAUGACAUCACAGCAGCCGCAGGUCCCCAAUGCUGUUAUUCCUCCCAACCUUGCUCAGAACUCCUCUGCUCAGCAGGCUCGGCCUCAUAUUCAGGCUAAUCAGCUGGACUCGAGUCAGAGCAGUGCGGCCUCAAGGCCUCUGGACCACAGAGCUCUGAUAGGCAGGCCGGGCUGCUCCGGUGUGGCAGCAACCAGCGGGGAGUCAGCCAACAGGAACGUUUCUGCAUCCUGCACCAACUCCAGCUCAUCUAGAAGAGAUGGGGGCUUUGAACCGUGGCCUGAGGAGGCAGCGGACAACUCCCAUGGGCUGUACUCACUCCAUCGUAUGUUUGACAUAGUUGGAGCCCAGCUAACGCACCGGGAUGUCAGGGUACUGUCAUUCCUGUUUGUUGAUGUGAUUGAUGAGUAUGAGCGUGGCGGCAUCAGAAGUGGAAAGGAUUUCCUGCUGGCCCUUGAGCGCCAAGGUCGCUGUGAUGAGACCAACUUCAGACACAUUCUCCAGCUGCUGAGGAUUAUCACACGCCAUGACCUACUGCCUUAUGUCACACUCAGGAAACGGCAGGCCGUGUGCCCAGACCCUGUGGACAAGUACCUGGAAGAGACAUCAGUGCGCUACAUUUCACCAAGAGGAGCAGUACAGAGCGCAGACACCGCGCCACACAGAAGAACAGGUCCCCAGCCAGUCAUUUGCUGCUCCCCAUCAGGACCUCAUGUUGGCCCUCCACGAAUAAAGCCGGCCCCUCCUGCAUCGAACCGUAAACGGAGGAGAAGUCAUUCCUCAGCUGACUGCAGAGAGAAGCAAACAUGUGACAUCCGCCUUCGGGUUCGUGCUGAAUAUUGCCAGCAUGAGUCUGCUCUUCAGGGCAACGUCUUCUCCAACAAGCAAGAGGCAGUGGAGCGACAGUUUGAGCGCUUCAACCAGGCAAACACUAUCCUCAAAUCCCGAGAUUUGGGCUCCAUCAUCUGUGACAUCAAGUUCUCUGAGCUCACCUAUUUGGAUGCCUUCUGGAGGGACUAUAUCAAUGGAUCAUUGCUAGAGGCACUUAAAGGGGUCUUUAUCACAGAUUCCUUAAAGCAGGCUGUGGGCCACGAAGCUAUAAAACUGUUGGUCAAUGUUGACGAGGAGGACUACCAGGCCGGUCGACGCAAACUGCUUCGUAAUUUGGUCACACAUGGUGGGAACCCACCAGGAGCUAGCAAAGACCCUGUACCUUAGAGACCCUCUCCAGGAAGUAGCGUAAGGGAGGACCGCUGCUGUGCCCCCUCCCCCCACAGGGAGUAGAGUGAGAUGUGGUUGUGUCAUUUGAGGUGCCUGAAGUGCGUGCCUGAAUGGAACUAAAGAACUUCUAGCCACCGCAUUGAUUCCUUGAGAGCUGAGGUCAUACGUUAUCUACUUGGCACCCCUUAGCGUAGCAUGCGAGGUGAUUGGGAACUAUGUUAACAAGUAGGUGAUUCAUACAGGUUGACGUUAUUUUGAAUGUUGAGCUGUUAAUUUCCUUCACGGAGGAGAAUGCUGAUUCAUGUGUGCUUUGAAUUGAGUUAAUUUCUUGUUUCUGGUAUGUUGGUUCAUUUGUUAAAUCUAAUGAUACUCUUAACCCCUGUUCAUAAGUGGCGUUCUUUUCAAUCCAGAAAACAUGCAUUACUCUGACAAGUUACUCCCAGUGGGAGUUGUACCUUAUCAAAGUCAAACUGGGUUUUCCAGGUUUUUCAGGUACAUUACCAGUUGAUUGGAAUUAACCCAAUGAGAGUGUUCUGUAUGUUAUAGGAAAGCACAGGCUGUAGUUGACUAGUUAUUUCUGUUUCUUUCAGUCUUUUAUCCCGCUGUACCCAAGCUGUUGAGAGUUCCCAUCUGUAAAAAUGAACCCUUCCAGUGCAUUUUUUAUCGACUCGUUUUUGGUUACUGUCGACAUUAAUGUGUCUUUAUUUUUACUAAUGAUUUGUUUUAAAACAUGGCUUAUUUCCAGCAGCUUUUCUUCUAGCCUAAUUUGAAAUUUCAAUUGUCCAGUCACUGCUAAUAUUUAAACUUUGUGGAUUGUUCUAAUGUGUCAAAUCUUAUCCAGUGACAUAAUGAGUCAUACCCUGGUGUUGUAGAUUUGUGUGGGUGAUUGCAAAUCAUUGCCAGUUUCAUUGUCAGCUUCAACCUCUGAUCCCCACUCACCCUCUCAAGCAUUUUCACUCCGUAUAUGACACUGAACUUUUUAUAUUAUUUUAUUUUUUUUCUUUAAUUGAAAAGACAUUUGAUAACAAAAUCAACAGCAGGUGGAAAUCACAGCCAGUAUGUGUAGAGUCAUCUCAGUUGUGCAGGUAAAUAAAUUCCGAGAACAAAAAUAACUCACAGGGUUUGUUUUUGUGAAGUUGCAGAUAUUGAUGGAUGCUGAUGGAUAAGGAUGCAGUUGAGUUCACAUGAUCAGAAUCAGAAGUGGGUAUGAGCAGAUGUUGCGAUCACUUUCUUUCUUUCCAGUUGCCUGAGUGGUUGUCACGAUACUGGAAUUUCUAACUUUGAUAGAAUACCUUAGAAAUAAACGAUAUUCAAUACCAUGUUCGAGACCACAGGGACAUAUAGACAUGGAAUGGAGUUAAUACUAUUUUAGAUUUUUAUUAAAAGACAAAUGUCAUAAGAGCAACAUCAUCAAAGUCACUUUACAUCUGGAGGAAACAAAGUUUUAUUAGCAUCCCAGCAGUGCCUGCUUCGGCUCGCAGUCAGAGGAUAGCAAGAAAAUGCAGCUAGUGCUGGUGUAUUGAUACUGCAAAAAAUGAGUAUUUAAACCAUUUAAAAUAUUCAGAAUCGAUGUUUCAAUAGCUAGAUUUUUUUUUUCACCUACACUAGUUGCCUGUGGGGUGUGCUGGAGAAACCUGGCUCAUUUAGAGCACCUGUUUCAAAACCAGGAGCAUUUCACCCUGGAGAUCGGUUUGUUAGGUUUGUUGCGUGAAGACACAUAGAAAGGCUGGUCUCUGACCAUUUCCAAGUGUUUUUCUGGUGUGAAAGCAAAUUAAACUUCUAAUAAUUUUACUUUGCUCAUGAGAUUUGUCCUGGAAGCAAUCUUAUAAUUGAUCUUUAUUAGCCACAUAUAUGUAUAUUUAUGCAAAUCAUUUAGCAAAAAUGAAAACGGGAAUGCAUGUUAGCGCAGGUAUUUCCCUGAUCUAUAGGCCAAAAGCUGUUAAAACAGCUGUGUUUUAUCCUCCUCUGUGUACUACAUCUGUUCAGUCCAUUAAAGUGUGUGACAGUGA